CAAAGCCUGGAGCUAUCUUUUUUCCCCCCCUCUCUAUGGAGAAUGAAAGUAACCGACUGGAUAUGUUCUUUCUGCCAUUGGUGCUUCAAGGCCACAUGAUACCCAUGACGGACAUUGCCAAGACCUUUGAGACUCGAGGCGCAAAAGUCACCAUCGUCACCACCCCUUUCUGUGCAACCCUUUUUGCCAAGCAAAUCGAAAGAGUCAAUCAGUUGGGCUUGGAGUUCGACAUCCAAACCGUCAAAUUCCCAUCGACUGAGGUAGGGUUGCCAGAAGGUUGGGAGAACUUGGAUGCAGUCGCCUGGAGCCAAAAUCAGGCCGAAUUGUUGGAUAAAUUCUGGAAGGCCCUGAGCUUGCUCCGGGAAUUGGUCUUCCAUAUCCUGGAAGAACAUAGACCGGAUUGUCUAGUAGCAGAUUUGUUCUUUCCAUGGGCUACUGAUGUUGCUUCCCGGUUGAAAAUUCCCAGGCUAGUCUUUGGAGGGACAAGUUUCUUUGCUACGUGCGUGGCGGGAAUCAUCGCACUAUAUCAACCGCACAAGAGAGUUUCAUCUGAUUCAGAAACUUUCCUUGUGCCUCACCUCCCUGGAGAAAUAAAGCUGACAAGGACUCAGCUGCAGGAAUAUUUGAGGCAAGAAGUUGAAACAGAAUUUUCCAAGUUUGCAAAACAAAUAGUCGAAUCAGAGGUGAAGAGCUAUGGAAGCAUUUUUAACAGCUUUUACGAACUGGAUAAGGAUUACGCCGAUUACUACAGGAAUAUCUUGGGAAGGAAGGCCUGGCUUAUCGGUCCGGUCUCACUUUGCAAUAGAGAUACUGUAGAUAAAGCACUGCGGGGUAAGGAAGCAUCGAUCAGCAGGCAUGAAUGCUUAAAAUGGCUAGAUUCAAAAAAGGCCAACUCGGUUAUCUACGUGUGUUUCGGCAGCUUGACCAAAUUUAAUUCUCAACAGCUGGUGGAAUUGGCAAAGGGGCUUGAGGCAUCUCAACAAGAUUUCAUAUGGAUUGUCAGGAAAGACAAAAGUGAAGAACAGGAUUGGUUACCAAAAGGUUUCGAAGAAAGAAUGGAUGGGAAGAGCCUAAUCAUAAGAGGGUGGGCCCCCCAAGUUUUGAUCCUCGAUCACGAGUCCGUCGGCGGGUUCGUGACUCACUGUGGAUGGAACUCGACAAUGGAAGGAGUAUGUGCUGGUGUGCCAAUGGUCACGUGGCCAAUCUUUUCUGAGCAAUUCUAUAAUGAAAAGUUGGUAACUCAACUGCUACAGAUCGGGAUUGGCGUUGGAUCUAAACAGAACGCCAACUUCGGAGUUGGGGCAGAUGUUGUAAGCGGAGAUGACAUCGUGGUGGCGGUGAGGCGAGUUAUGGCAGGUGAAGAGGCAGAGGAAAUGAGGAGAAGGGCGAAAAAGCUUGGCGAAAUGGCCAGGAAGGCUGUUGGAGAAGGCGGAUCAUCUGACUUAGACUUGACUUCCUUAAUCGAAGAACUCAUGCAGCACAAAGCUGCUCGCGAAUCGAAAUGA